AUGGAUCACAAUUCAUUUCUUCACUCUUCAGAAUAUCUCUACGCCCCUACCGCUGCCUCCACCGAUUAUAAUCAUAAAGAUAACAUUGACUUUUUCUCUGAUCCAAGCAAUUAUCCUCCUCAAUUUGUUCCAGAAAUAGGCUGCGAAUAUCUAAGUUUCCCUUUCCAACAGGACUACGGUUCUCCCGAUAGUUUUUACGAGUCUUUAGACUCCUCGACUUCUGCCUCGGAUAGUGACCCUUCUGACGGCUAUUCUUCUUGCGCCUCCUCUCCGGACCUUACAACCGAAUAUUUCCAAGGAGAUUUGCUACAACCGUUCGAUCAGCAAAAUUUGGAUUCCUUAAAUAUGUAUAAGGAGGAGCAGCAAUUACCCCUCGACUCCUUUCAAUCAUAUCAAGGUCUCGACGUUCUGACCAUCCCUUCCCAACCUUCUGACGACUCAUCCGUGGUCAUGGAUCAAAUGGACUCAAACGAUAAUACUUUUGACCAGAAUACUUUGGACUCCUUUACUCAAACAAUCUCACAUCGAUCCCAUCGUAAAUCCCUACCUAGUGGAAUGAUCGAGCGUUUGCACACCAUGAAUUUGGCUCCACCAAAACCGGCCCGCAAAUCUAAAACCGUUGCGCCAUUCGCCUGCGAUUAUCCCGAUUGUCAUAAAACCUUUACCCGUCAAUACAAUCUAAAGUCUCAUUUACGCACUCACACUGAUGAAAGACCUUUCCUCUGCGGAUAUCAAGGUUGUACGAGGGCUUUCGCCAGGCAGCACGAUCGCAAGAGACAUUAUAACUUACACUUGGGCUUCAAGCCUCACGUUUGUAGCCAUUGCGGCCGUGCCUUCGCCAGACUGGACGCCCUAAACAGGCAUCUCAGAUCCGACAGUGGUGCUCCUUGCGCUCAGGCUACGCUUCCCAACGCUGCAGCAAAAAAAUUUAAGCCUGUCAACAUGUGA